AUGGAUUCACAGGGACGGAAAGUAAUUGUUGUUGAUAAUGGAACUGGGUUUGUUAAAUGUGGAUAUGCAGGUACAAAUUUUCCUUCGCAUAUUUUUCCCUCAAUUGUUGGUAGACCAAUUAUUAGAUCAUCACAAAAAAUUGGAAAUAUUGAAAUAAAAGAUUUAAUGGUUGGGGAAGAAUGCACAGAACUUCGUCAAAUGCUUGAUUGUUCUUAUCCAAUGGAAAAUGGUAUUGUAAGGAAUUGGGAAGAUAUGGGACAUAUAUGGGAUCAUACUUUUGGUCCAGAAAAAUUAGAUAUUGAUCCUUCAGAUUGUAAGUUAAUGCUUACAGAACCGGCAUUAAAUCCAAAUUCUAAUAGAGAAAAGAUGUUUGAAGUUAUGUUUGAACAAUAUGGUUUUCAUUCUGUUUACAUUGCUGUUCAGGCAGUCUUAACUUUAUAUGCACAAGGAUUGUUAACAGGUGUUGUUAUUGAUAGCGGGGAUGGCGUUACUCAUAUAUGCCCAGUUUAUGAAGGUUAUGCUUUGAAUCAUCUUACUAGAAGAUUAGAUAUUGCUGGAAGAGAUAUAACAAGAUAUCUUAUUAAAUUGCUUCUACUUAGAGGAUAUACUUUUAAUCAUUCUGCUGAUUUUGAAACUAUAAGACAAAUGAAAGAAAAACUUUGUUAUGUUGCUUAUGAUGUUGAACAGGAACAAAAAUUGGCAUUGGAAACUACUGUUUUAACUGAAAAAUAUAUGGUUCCAGAUGGUCGAGUCAUAAGAGUUGGUGGAGAAAGAUUUGAAGCACCUGAAGUUUUAUUCCAACCCCAUUUAAUUAAUGUUGAAAAACAAGGCCUUUCUGAAAUGUUGUUUAAUGUUAUUCAAUCAGCAGAUAUUGAUACACGAUUAGAAUUUUACAAACAUAUUGUUCUUAGUGGUGGUAGUACUAUGUAUCCUGGACUACCUUCACGAUUGGAACGUGAAUUAAAACAACUAUAUUUGGACCGUGUACUUAAUGGUAAAACUGAUGGUUUUUCUAAAUUUAGAAUUCGUAUUGAGGCACCACCUCGUCGUAAACAUAUGGUUUUCUUAGGUGGAGCAGUUCUUUCACAUUUAAUGCGUGAUCGAGAUGCUGAUUUUUGGGUUUCAAAAGCAGAAUGGGAAGAGUAUGGAAUAACUCAUUGUAUACGAAAACUUGGCAUAAAAUAA